AGGGAGGUCACGGGGUUUGCUUGAUUAAAUCACCACAAGCCAAAAGGUUCUUUCUCUCUUCUCACUGAGAAUUGCUCAGAGGCUGUUUAAGUUGUUCCAAAAAGAAAAGCAAAACAAAACAAAACAAAAACAAAAACUCCUACCCAAGCCUAACAACCAACAGCACACACGGAAAAGCAGGUGUGUCUCAAGAUCCUGGGAAAACAAAGGGCAGAGACUGAGGCAGGAGGUGACACUUGGAUGGGAAGUUUCCAUCCCAGCACAAGAGGACAAGUUUGGAAAAGGCUCGGACAGGACCAGCACCUGUCCUGCAGGUCAGUAUCCAGGUGAAGUCUCACUCCAGAUGGAUCUCCCUAAGAACCACAUUUGGUGAUAAAUCCCUGCUGCAUACCCACGCUGGUGACAUCAAGUACUGUAACUCAUUGCUGUCCUUUCAAUUCCCAAGGUCACACAGCAAAGUCACUGGAAAAAAUGCCGUCCCCAAUCACUGCAGGUCUCCACUGCCUGGUUCUGCUGGUCUCAGCCUGCUGCCAGACAUCACAGGACUCAAACUUCAAACCAUUCCCAUAUGUAAUUGACAGCACUCUAGGAGAGGAAAGCUUCUACCCAGAUAUGCAAAGGCAGAAGCGAAAUGAGUAUAUUUUUGAUGUUCCCCUUCCAGAGUACACAGUUGACAUUGAAGUAAGCCUUACAGAUUCAUCUUACCUGCAACCAAUUAAAGAGUAUUUUAAAAAUCUUACAGUGCCAACAAACAUUUCAAAUAUACAAACGACAGUUUCAAGCAUCCACAUUACAACAGUCUGUCUCCCCAGUGGUGAGAAGAGCAGCUGUUGUUCCUGUGAAAAGGGAUAUGCCUGGCCGAGCAGGGUGUGCAGUGACAUAAUACCCUGCCCUUCUCUCAGCCUGGAACCUGCCCUGCCCUGUGGCUACAUGCAGAAAAUGCCUUUCUACGGACCUUACUGCGAGCCCCAGACUGAAGACUCAUGUGGUAUGGGAGAGCCCAUUGUAAUGUAUAUGUCAGUCAGACUCGACAUAGACUUUCUGGAUGAUCUCAGGGAUUCUUCCUCUAUAUUAUACCAAAAAUACAAAGCUGACCUUGAAAAAGCGUUUAAUGCAAGCUACAGGUGUUUACCAGGCUUUGUAUCAGCAACAGUAACUGGUUUUAGUCCUGGAAGUGUUUUUGUGAAAUAUGAAGUAAAAGCAGGACCAGCAAGCGCCAGUCAGAUUGAUAAAUCCAACAAAGCUGUAUUACAAGUUCUAGAACCAUUCUACCAGCCCAAACCAUCUACCUUCACAACAGAACUGCCUUAUCGGGUAAACUUCAAAGCGGAACCCUUGAACAUUUUUGAAGGGGAUACAGUAACACUGACUUGUGAGAUAAAUUCAACGUUCCACAGUGCAACCUGGUAUCGCUCUGAUCAGAUCAUCUCAACCAGCUUCCGGCAUUCCAUAGAGACAAUUGUAGGAACCAGAAGGUCGAUUCUUAAAAUCACCAAUGUUACGAUGGAGGAUUUUGGUUCCUAUAAAUGCACUUUCACAAAUGCCAGUCAGUCUUACAGAUUGAAGGCCACAGAAACAAUAUAUGUCUCUCCACUACGUAUUACUCCAAAUGUAAAGGAGAUGGAAGUUAUAUGUAACAGUCCUGAAACGCAGAAGAACAGCCCUCCGCUGUCCUGUUGCAUUGACAGACACUUACCAUCACUUGAUGCUUCCUGGAAAGUAAAUGGAACAAUCAAUAUUACAGGAGUCUCCAGUUGGGGUGGAAACUGCACUGAAUAUGAGCUCAAAAUCGAGGAGUCACUAUGCCCACCUGAGAAGUCAGGUACAGUGACAACAUAUACGUGUGAGCUGCAGACUAAACACGGAGCCAGGGCCAGUCAGACCAUCAGAGUGACAUACCUCUGGAAAGCCCACGUAACAGUAUCUUCAAGUACAAACUCACCAAUUCCCGAGGGAUAUCCGUUCAAUCUGACGUGCAAAAGUGAUGCGAGCAGUUACGACAGUAUCAGUUGGAAAAUCCAGUCUGGAAGUGACACAAAAACAGUAGCCUGUGAUAUGUGCAUCAAAAAUAGCAAAUUCCCAGCCACAUCCAUGCUCACAGUGAAGUCUGCCACACAGGACUGGAGCGGCACCCACAUCUGCACAAUCUCCCAGCAAAACUUGGAGAGCUCUGCCAAUAUGACAGUCGAGGUUAUUUCCUUGCCCCUAAAGCAGAACAUCCUGAUAGACCCCAUUGCAGCAUCGAUACCUUGUGGAAAGCCACAAGCCCUCGAGUGCUGCAUAAGUGCGAACACCACGGAAGAUUUCUCUGUUACAUUUGUGAUUGGACAAAAGGGAUUUCCAGCUGGGAAAGAGAAAAAAGGAAAUUUGUUUUGCUACACGUACAGUUACACAGGAAGUGACUGUAGCAAAGAGAAAGAGCUCACGGCAUAUUGCAAGUUUAAAAACAGCAAGUUUGAAAAUCGACAGGGGGUUGACAGUGAACAUAUCAGACUGCACCUGAUUCCUGAUAAGCAAGUUUCCUGCUCAGACAGAUUAGGCACUGGACUAGAAAGGGGCACAUUGAUAAAGCCAUGCCGUGAGUUAGAUAAUCCAGAUGGUUUUACCCGAGGCAGUACAACUUACAAGUGCAUCAACAACUCAUGGAAGGUCGCGAGGAAUGACUGCCUGUCUGUAUCAAUAAACAACCUGCUGAGUAGAGCCGAGUCCUUGGUCAACAGCCCUGAGUCAAAAGCAAAACUACCUAACUACCUUGCAGAGCUUAAGGAACAGAUUGGAAAGGAGCUAAACACGAUAAACAGUUCUCCUGCAAACUUAGGUGCAAUCGUUUCCAUCCUGGAUAUGCUCUCCUCUAUCCCAGCAGAUGCAGAUGAGCUCACUAUUCAGAAUUUCCUCUCCACAGUGGACUUAAUUGUUGGUGAUUCCACAGCUGAAGCCUGGGAAGACCUGAAUAAAGAGAAGACACUGAAAAGUUCUUUGUUACUGCAGUCAGUAGAAAACUUUUCCCUGCGCCUCCAACCAGUUAAUAACACCAUCCCUUCUGUCUCUGCAAACACCGUGCAGCUACAAGGUAUAGUUAUCCAAGAAAACAGCAACACAGAUUAUAAUAAGGGCUUCCAUAGUACAGAAAACCUCACAGUUAAUGUGCUCAUUGGUGAAACUGAAAUUCAAACUCUAACCCAAAAUUCAACCAUUGUCAGUGUGAUGUACUCGAAACUUGGACACAUUUUGCCCCGGAAUGAGUCUGAAUAUGUGAACGGCUUAUUGAUAACAACAACUGUGAGCAGCAACAGAAGCCAGAGAUUUGAGGUUAAUAUGACAUUUGCAAAGAAAAACUUGUCUCUAAAGAUGCCCAAAUGUGUCUUUUGGAACUUCACACUCAACAAACGCGGCGGGGACUGGGAUACUCGUGGUUGCACACCCACAGAGUUAGAAGAUUAUGUCAUUUGCUCCUGCAGUCACUUGACAUCAUUCUCCAUUCUGAUGUCACCUGAUAAAUCCUCCCAGCUAAUCUUUGAAGAUUAUAUUUCCUACGUUGGCCUGGGUAUUUCGAUCCUGAGCUUGGUGAUCUGCAUUAUAAUUGAAUCCUUGGUCUGGAAAUACGUGACAAACAACACAACCUCCUACAUGCGCCACGUGUGUAUAGUCAACAUAGCUGCAUCCCUCCUGAUUGCUGACGUGUGGUUCAUUGUCACUGCCUCCCUCAGUGACCAGAACCAACAGCUGAGCAGAGAUAUCUGCAUCGUGGCCACGUUCUUCAUCCAUUUAUUCUACCUGUGUGUCUUUUUCUGGAUGCUGAGCCUGGGCCUCAUCCUUUUCUACAGACUAGUGUUCAUCUUGCAUAACACAAGUAAGACUGCUCAGAAAGCAGUGGCAUUCUGCCUGGGCUAUGUGUGCCCCUUUGUCAUUGCAGUCAUCACCAUUGCUGUCACACUGCCAAGGAACAAUUACACCAGAAAGGACGUCUGCUGGCUCAACUGGAUGGACAGCAAAGCUCUCUUGGCCUUCGUCAUACCUGCCUUGAUCAUUGUGGUCAUGAAUUUGUCCAUCACCGCGGUUGUUAUAAUAAAAAUACUGAGGCCAACUAUUGGGGAUAGGUCAAAUAGGCAGGAGAGGAACUCUUUGUUUCAGAUUGGCAAAAGUGUGGCCAUCUUGACACCACUGUUAGGCCUCACCUGGGGGUUUGGCCUUGCCACCAUCAUCAAAAACAGUCAUCGAGCUUUCCACAUCCUCUUUGCUCUGUUCAAUGCUUUGCAGGGAUUAUUCAUUUUGGUGUUUGGGACUCUCUGGGACAAGAAGAUACAAGAAGCCCUGUUGAAGAGGAAUUCAACAUCCAAAUGGAGUUCACAGCAAUCAAAGUCAUCCUCCCUGAUCCUGGUGACACCAAUGCUUGCUAUGAGCUACCCAUUUUCAAGAACCUUUAACAACUUAUGUGGGAAAACAGGAAAAUACAGAGUAUCUUCUUCAGAGCCAUCCACCUCUUCCACUGAAAACACUUCCAAGGCAUAUUCUUUGCUUAACUGAAGCACAACAAAUGCUAAAUCACAUAACUCUGAAGGGACCUCUGCCCUUUCCAAGACACACACAAAAAGUACCCGGGAGUCAUGGAGAAGUGGACUGCUUCAUUUUGACUAAACCGUGCCUUUGGUGCAUUCUUCUGGAACAAUCAUUUCUUGUUAACGUGUAAGGCAGGGAAGCUGUGAGAGGUGAAAUUUUACAUGGUCUGCCAAUCUCUCAGAAGAGAUGACAAAGAUUUGAAGGCCUUCAGGUGCAAGAAAGGACAUUGGGAGUGACGAAUUCUCAGCCCUUGAGCGGGUGCUUAGCACUAUGCAGUACUGAGCCAUGAAUUGCAGUGCUACACACAGCUGUUGUCCAGUGGUUUUGGUAUUUCCCCUAUUAACCCUCUGAAUGAUCCCAAAGGCCUGUGUAGAUACACAAGUACCUCAUAGCUUCUCUCCUGCCCUCGUAUUGCAGUCUGGAAAGGCCACAGGGUAUAGUGGUCUUCACCUUCUAUUUAAGACUUUUCUGGAAUCAAAAAUUCCCAACUGAGAAGGUCCAUUUCAGAUCUUCACCUUUGGCUUAGCUAAAAUGAAGGCCGUGAUUACUCCUGCGUGGUCUUCGUUCAGAUGGAAUGUACUGGAAGCCCCACGUGGCAUAUUUUUGAAGAAAAGGAAGCUUUAUAUCCUUAACAAUAUUUGUCCUUCCCUUGAUAUGUAAUGUGGUAAGACAGAGAUGGUUGCUGCCCUCUGCCACAGAGGGGACUGCAUUUAUUUAAUGCAUAAUAGUGUUAAGUCUGCAAGGAAUGUCUUGUGUAAAGUCUGUACUGUUUGGGUCUCCUCUCAGAGGAGAAUCACACUUGGAGGGCUCAGAGAGUCAACUCUGCAGUGAAUAUAAAUCACCAUGUGCCAGGCAGGAUGAAUGGUUUGAUAUAAAUUAUUGCUCUAACACUACAUUUGUGGAUCCAGUUAUUUCCAAACCAUUACACCUUUAAAGGCAGGAUUUCUGUCUUAAGCAGAGGGCUAUGAGAGAGCCUGCAAAGUAUCUGUAACACACACAAAUGUACAAAAUUUAAUGUAAAAUAUGACAGAUGGAAUCAUAAAGAUUUAGAUUUGAGGCCAAUUUCAAAUACUGCUGUGAGGUGAUACAGCUCCAUUUGGUUGUCAGGGAAUCAGGCCUAUGUUUACCAAUGGUGAACCUGUUCCCAGAACUUUGGGAUGAAUUAGGAUGGGAAACUGUUCCCUUCAGUUAGAAACAUAUGUGAUGGUUUGGUAUGAGCAGGUGGUGAUGACUGAAGACAAUAAUCAAGCAACAAUCAAAUGCAAUAUUUAUACUGCAGGUAAUUGCCUUUUGCUUGAAGAUGUAAAUAUAAUACUAGAACUAGAACACAUUUAGAGAUGAAAAUCCAGAAUCUUUGAACUUCAUGGCCAGUGGAAACUUGCAAAUCUGACCUUUCCACAUUAUUCCAAGAAAAACUUGCCUUUGGGCAGCCAUUUGGUCCAAUUCACUCUGGAAGUAGCUUGUGCAAUAUUGACUUGCUGGAGAACCACUGAGUUAGAACAGGCUUUACAUAAACUGUAAAGCAGAUGUCCUUGUAUGCAGCACAGUCCCAGUCCCACACCGUGUCUGCACUGGAAUGCAAACAUUUCAUCUCUGAGGUUUCACCACACCUCCCCAUUUAGCUGAGCCUGGGUCCUGCCUGUCUGUGAAUGAGAGAUCAGAAUGGGAUGCCAAAGCUGUCUGGCACCAAAGGGCCAUCCUUGGGUGGCUCUUCAAAGGCCAAGUCUUUGAUGAAUUCUCAUGGCUUUUCUAACAAGGCAAAGAGAAGCAGCUAAGAAAUCAACUGUGCAGUCUUGGGGCCAAGGCUUCACUUGUAUGCAUACACAGAUCAAGGUAAAUUGGGAGAGAAGAAAAAGUGGGAGGGCUGAGUGAAGGAAGAAGGGAAAACACAUGGCAGCAGCCAUCCUAUACCCCUUCCACCCACUCUCAACAAUAAAUACCAAAUCUUCACCAUAGGCAAAAAGGGUAGUGGGCUCACCAGCAGAUUCCUUCCUUCAGGAGUCUGGCAUUUUUGGCAGCUGGCUCAAUUUUUCCAUUUGUCCUGAUCGAUCACAUCCCCUUCCUAAAGUCAAGGCUGUCACAGGGCUCAUUCCCUCAUGAUUCCUGUCACUUGUGUACCUCCCCCUGCUUAUCUGCAAAGCACUAAGUUACAGCAUGUAGCAAUGUGAGCCUAUCAGGUUCACAUGGUAUCUAGAAAGGGUGGGAUCUCUCCCUUACUCACCUUUUAUAGCAUUGGAUGGAGAUCAGCCACUGCCUUAGCACCUUCCUCUGAUGUAUUCCAGCAAAGGAAAAGUAGUAAAGGAGGGGAUUGUGACAUACAGGUCUCUGCAGCCCUGACUUGCCUUCUCUCACCUUCCCUACUUAGAAAUUUUUGGACUGGGACAGUUGCUGAACAACUUUUGCAUUGUGCUUCAAGCUCGUAUUUCACUCUUCAUGCCUUAAAAACUUUAGGAACCUUUGAUAUAAACAAGACAGUGCCAGGACCAUUUUACCCACACUAAUGUGAAAAUAAAUGUGCCCCAGAACUGGGGUGUACAGCUUUGUAGUUCUGAUACAUUUUCAUUGGACCACAAAGCCAAUUAUGCUCUGAUUCCUGAUGUUUUCAAGGCUCAUCAGUUUGGCUGGCAUCUUUCUUUCUUACACUCUUCCAGG